CAUGCGACUGAGACUUUGAAAAGCGUUCUUUAAACAAUGUACAUUUGUUGAUUGCUAGACACACAAGAUGUUUUCUUGGUACAUUUGAAACGAGGUCUAGUUGUGGCCGCAACAGGACGACUCUUGGCAGAAUGCAUUGCUUGACUGCCUUGAUGAUAAUCACAAUAUCGUUCGUGAACUGCAGCACCCCAAACGAUUCGUUCUUAAAUUGGAGUUUGAUGAGCAGAGUAUGUUUUGGUUCUACAUCAUAACAAAUUGAAUUGCAUUCAUUAUUGCACAUACCAAAUUAAUUGCAUUCAUUAUUGCACUAUGGGUCAAUUAUCAGUUCUAAACACGUAUUUUCAUUUUCUAUGCUGUCUGAUAGACAGUUGAUCGGUGCGUGUAUUAACCCUGCUAGAAUUCAUUGAGGCCAGCAGGUCAAAUAAACGACUAAAAUGAACGAGUCACUCGGGAAAUAGAAUUAUGACUCAAAUCAGUAAAAAGAGUCGUUCAAAAAAGAACGAAUCGUUGGCGAGCUGCAAAUCACCACACAGCAGCCUAGCUACCUGUCAGUAACAUAUAGCACAUCAGAACAGCAGCAGGCACUCGCAUCACAACAACACGGUCGUUGGCAGAGGAAUGGGGGGUAGCUAGGUAGUUAGAUUUCCGAGAAUAAGGAAAAGCUCACUACAAUCAAGAUGGUGUCGUGGAUUAUCUCCAGGAUGGUAGUCCUGGCCUUCGGGACCCUCUACCCGGCCUACUCCUCAUACAAGGCCGUCAAGACAAAGAAUGUGAAGGAAUAUGUGAAAUGGAUGAUGUACUGGAUAGUGUUUGCAUUAUUCACGACGGUGGAGACCCUCACAGACUUGUUCAUGUCCUGGUUUCCUUUCUACUUUGAGCUGAAGAUAGCCUUUGUGAUCUGGCUCCUGUCUCCGUACACUAAGGGCUCCAGUGUGCUCUACCGCAAGUUUGUCCACCCCACCCUGUCCAAUAAGGAGAAGGAGAUCGAUCAGUACAUCACCCAGGCUAAAGACCGUAGUUAUGAGACUAUGAUGAGGUUUGGAAAGAGAGGUCUGAACUUGGCUGCUACUGCUGCCGUCACCGCAGCUAGCAAGGGCCAGGGUGUGCUGUCGGACAAGCUGCGUAGUUUCAGCAUGCAGGACCUGACUCUGAUCAACGAUAGGGAGGAGAUGGGCCUGCACUCCUCUGACCCCCGCAUGAGGAGAGAUGCCUUGGAUGACAUGGCUACUGGAGCCAACACGCUGCCCCGUGCCAAGACCACACGCCAGACUCGUUCCUCAUCUGCGGCUCCUCAUCUCGAUGAAUCAUCGCAGCACAGCUCGGACCAAUCAGACACCAGGAGCAUCACCACAGAGCAUUCUGAUGAGGACAUUGUGGAGAAGGUCCCUGUGAAACGCACGGCCAGCGUCAAGGCAAACAAGAAACCCUCCACCGCCAAGACCGAGACUACGACUAAGACGGUGAAAAAGACACCAAAGAAGAAGACAACCACCACAGCUACAGCCAGCAACAACGCUGAGUCACCAUGAUAUCUGUAUCUACUGACCCCAUCUCCACCCUACUGCGCACCACUACAGCCAUGUAACAGGCCCUCUCUGUCUCCAGUCCCCACACACACACACACACACACACCCACAGACCUCUGGAGUGUCACCCUCGCUGGUUAAGCGCAACUCGCAGGUUUAGUUCUCCUGUAGAUGGCCAGCAGGUUUAGUUCUACUGUAGAUGGCCAGCAGGUUUAGUUCUACUGUAGAUGGCCAGCUUCAUGUCAACUCACAGGUUUUGUUCUAUUGUAGAUGGCCAGUGGGUUUAGUUCUACUGUAGAUGGCCAGCGGGUUUAGUUCUACUGUAGAUGGCCAGCAGGUUUAGUUCUACUGUAGAUGGCCAACAGGUUUAGUUCUACUGUAGAUGGCCAGCAGGUUUAGUUCUACUGUAGAUGGCCAGCAGGUUUAAUUAUACUGUAGAUGGCCAGCUUCAUUUCAACAACACUUGUUUUAUUUAGCCUGCUGCUUACAUUCUAGGUUUUAUAGUCAUUAACCUCAGUGUGUGUGUGUUUCAGUCAUGGCCUGUUAUCUGGACUGAAAAAUAGUUGCUUCCUUCCUCCUGUACAGUUAAUAACCCUCUGUGUUGGGGCCCUCCCAGGCCAUCCAAGGCCCCACACUGGAUUGACUUGACAUAAUCCUCUUGGCAACCUUGGGAGCAUAGGGCAUCUACCAUGGCUCUCCACCUCCCUCACUAUGCUAGAGCAUCUACCAUGGCUCUCCAUCUCCCUCACUAUGCUAGGGCUUUGCUGCUUAGCAGGAGAUCCCGACUAGUUUAUUGGAGAUGCAUUCUCUAUGAACUUACAUUCCAGUCAGAGUAUGGUAACUCUAUUGGAGGGUAGCUGGGGGCUGCCAUGAAUGGAAAGGUAGACUAGUGGACUAGGCAUAUGUGACGGAGAGAUAAGGGAGGGAAGAGAGUAGAGAGGGAUGGGCGCCAAAGGAUCAGUGUUGUCCUGGCCUAACUGGCCUCUACUCAACAUGUCCCCACUACAGAGACUACAGUCUCACCAUUGGUUGUAGCAGUAGUCCACAGAGCAGGUCUCUGUCUGACUACAUAGACGGGGUCAUGUGAUCUCUGGAAGGCAGAGGACAUUCUGGGAGCACUUGUCUCUAACAGUGUUAAGCCGAUGCCAUGGUUACUCAUAUCAUUCACUCUACUGUAAUGGAGCAGUAGACUGAUGACCACUUGGUCAAGCGCCCACAGAGAGAUGAAGAGAUCUGUUCUCUCUCUCUCUCCUCUCCCUCUGGACAGCUCUACCCUCUCACUCCAUUCAGCUCAGAACGGUCCAAGGGAAAGACACACAGCUUCAGGCAUCAUUACCUUUUCUGUCUGACUGUGUGUGUGUACGAUGUGCAUGUGUGUGUAUUUGGAACCAUGACCACGCUUCUGUUUUUCCCCUCUCUUUUUUCCCAACUGCAUAGAGACACAAUGACAGAGUUCUCUGACCACUUAUAACAUAACCAUCCACAAGGUCUUGCACUGCAGCUCAUAGCAUAGCUAAACAGUACAGACAACCAACAGUUCAUUUCACUUUGUUAGACUUGUGCUUAGGGUUAUUUUUGUUUACUCUAAAUUGACUGGCUUAUAGGAUGUAAGAGUGGCUUCGUGGUCACCAAGCUAAUAUUAAUGCUCUGUUGAUACCAGGCUACAUUAUGGAUCACCACUAUGGAUCCCUGUCUUGUUUCAAUGUGUUUAUAUUAUCAGAGCUGGCUGUGUCAGGGUGGUGUUGUGCCCUAUUCGGAAUACCUUCAGGUGAACCUGGCUUAGCUAAGUCUGGGUCUUACCUGGGUCAGGUCAUCCCAGUCUGACUAGGCACAUUUCUGAGGGAUCUACUACUAUUGUAUAAUGUAUGACUGUCAAACUAGGUAUUGUAUAAUGUAUGACUGUCACUUCACAGCAUUUUGUCCAGUGUUUUCACUUCUAUUCCUGAAUGGGUUAGCUAUCCAUGACUGACCUCUACUUCUGGGACAGUGUCCACAAAGCACCUUGGGGUAGGAGUGCUGAUCUGGGAUCAGGAACCCACCUUUCCAUAGGAUCUUAUCAAUUAUGGUCUGAAAGGCCAAACUGAUCUGAGAUCAGCCCUUGACUCUGAAACACUCUAUGUAUACAUGCCCAGAUCUGUGUUAUUCUAGGGUCUGGAUCAUAUCAUUGUUUCUCUGAACCAUAAGGAGAGCAGCUCUGCUAGCAUAUCCUCUUAAUGUGUCAUCUCUGACUGUAGCCUCCUCAAACAUGGUGAAAACUGUCUAACCCUAUUAGAUAGGAUGCUGUGGAGAAGUUAUUACAUCUUAGUUGGAUAAGUAAUGCUGUCUCCCAAUAGGGCCUAAAACUGUUGAAGGGAUGUGCUCUGCUAGUGUUUUACUUCAGAAAGACAGACAUUCAUCCAUCCAUAGCAUACUGGUUGGGCAGGCAGGGUACUUAGACUCUGUCAAGGCACCUAAUCAUUGCCCCUUAGAAACUAUUGCCUUGUCUGAAAUCUACCUUCAGACACUUCUUGUCAAUCUCCCUAGGUACUGCUGGUACUCCGGUAGGUUGCAAAGGAUUGCAUGGAUUUAGCUAAAAACGAUGUGAUAAGAACUCCACCUAGCUUCCUUGUAGGGUACAUUGAGUUUCCACCAUGUGCUUCUCUCAAAUCUAGUGUGUGUCUUGGGUUGGAACCUAAGGGGUUGAUUGUGGAUUGGGUGUGUGCUAAGGGGUUGUUUUUGUAUGUGAUAUGCCCUUGCUUUGGGCAGGGUUUAUUUGGAGUGCUCUGUAAUUGAAUGCAUGAGACUACUGCAUUUGUGUGUUGCCGUUGUCUGAAUUGUGACACUGAUUUGAACCAGUAGGGGGAGACAUAACCCACAUAACCGUUUUAAAACUGCUGAAGUGACUGCAAGGGGUACUUCCAUGUACACACUGUAUGUACAUAGUCAUUCUCUGGCUGUAUGAGUUUGCUUGUCUUAUCACUCUGUUCUAGAAUACAGGUUUGUUUUUUCCUGCUUUUUAAAACUAGAUUUAUUUUUUUCUUUCUUUGGAAUUUAAUCUGAAAUCUUAUUAGACAUCAUAUUGCAUUUCCUUAAGAGGCACCUCAGCCCCUCUGUAAAGGCCUUAUGCUGUGAAGAGUGCUACUUGUGUUUUUAAUCUCUUCUGAAUUUCUCCUAUCUCAACGAGAGGCAUUUUAAUUGGUCAGUGAUAGUCAAAUAACAAUAACACUUCCUUGUCCCAGUCCUGCAGGACAUUGCUCAGUAGAGAAGGGGAAUUCCUCUGACAUUGUGUGUUUGGUAAGUACCUAACUGAAGUCAUGUUGUCCCAACCCGUCUGUUCUUCCCUUACUAUCAGGCUGGUUACCUUAUCCACGGCAACAUGGCAAUUCAUUUUUUCUAUUCUGUUUUGCUACAGUUUGCACCGAAGAAAAGAUGGCACACACUGUAAACACAUUCUUGCUGUCAUGGCAACACUACUUGACAUUAUUUUAACCAGUGUUCAUAUUAUUUUGUAAUAUUUGUUUAUUUAUUGCUGUUUGUUUGGUAUUAGUGUUAUUGUGUACAGGAACUCUCAUUGUGAGAGAAUAUUCUACAUGAAUAUAUUUUGUGCCAAUUAUCAAUACUCCACUGUUAUAAAGGACAUGUUUCUGUGCUGAGAUAAUGGUAUUUAACAUGGACUGAAUGACAGUCAUAUACCAAUAACAACACUACUAAUAAAGAAAAUAAAUCUUUA